AGUACAGCACUAAUUAAUUUAUCAGUUAAUUGUUAAUUUUAACUGUUAAGUUAAUCUUUUAUUUCGUAAUCCUUUUAUUCUAAAUUGCUCAAUGAGUGAGAUGUCAGUGCGCAAUAAAUCGUUUAUGAAAAGUAUCUGGUCUUAUAACUCAAUUACUGUCAACAGAAGGAAAAUGAGUUAUAUCAACGAUGGCGGUGGUCAACAAUCCUACGAUGUAAGAAAUCAAAAUUACAAAUACACCAUGCAUUUUUGAACACUGUUAAAAUGUUGAACUCUUUGCAAAGCAUUACUUCCAAACUUACCCGUCAUCCAGGAAAAGCCCAAUUAGGACAGGUGAACAUAUUUUUAAAUAGAUGCGGUGUGAGUAAUGAAGAUUUGGACCAACUUUCAGUAAUUCAUGUUGCUGGUACCAAAGGAAAAGGAUCAACAUGUGUAUUUUGUGAACAACUAUUGUCAUAUAAAGGUUAUCAUACUGGCUUAUUUACUUCUCCACACUUGAUAACUGUCAAGGAAAGAUUUCGCAUUGAUGGGAAAGUUAUUUCUGAAGAUAAAUUUGUGUUUUAUUUUUGGAAUGUAUAUAAUUCAAUAUUAUCUAAACAAAGCUCUGGAGAAAAAUUACCACCUUAUUUUAUGUUUUUAACUAUAAUGGCAUUUAAAAUGUUUAUACAAGAAAAAGUGAAUGUUGCAAUCAUAGAAACUGGAAUUGGUGGUGAAUAUGAUUGUACAAAUGUCUUAAGGAAAACAUCAAUUGUUGGAAUUACAUCAAUUGGGUUUGAUCAUACUACUGUAUUAGGGGAUACUUUAGAAGAAAUAGCUUGGCAAAAAAGUGGCAUUAUGAAGCCAAAUUCUGUUACAAUUGUUUCAAAUCACCAACCUAAAGAAAUAUUCAAAACAUUAAUUGAACGUAGUGUAGAAAAGCAGGCAUCAUUGUUGGAAGCUCCUUCAUUUAAUAUGUAUAAUUGGUGUAUAAAUACAUCACAAAUAGGAAUUUUAAGUUUAGUGCAAGAAAUAAAUGUUUCUCUUGCUAUUCAACUUGCUAAUGCAUGGAUUAAUCGUAAAAAUACUAAUGAAUGGUUAAAGAAAUGUAGUGUUGGAUUAAAUGGUAUAAAGCAAGGGCCAAUUUGGGAAAUUAAUAAAGGUGAUGUACAAGCAUUAAAAGAGGUUAAAUGGCUUGGUCGUAAUCAAAUAAUAAAUGCAUCACCAAAUUUAGCAUACUUCUUGGAUGGAGCUCAUACUGUUGAAAGUAUACAAUUAUGCAGUAAAUGGUACUCAGAUCUUUAUCCAAAAUCGGAAAUAAAUGUUAAAAAUAUUUUAAUAUUCAAUGUGACAGCUCUAAGAGAUUAUGGUACAUUCUUGAAAAUACUGUCUACUGUAAACAAAAUUGAUUUAGUGUUAUUAUGUCCAAUAGUUACAUCUAUUAUGAAUCGCCGCCUGGAUACUGUUGACAUAAAUUAUGAUUACAAUGAACAAUUAGUUAAGUGUCAUAAUAUGAAAAAAUUAAUUGAUUUUUGUAAUGUAGAAGUACUUGAAUCUAUUGAUGAAACUAUCAAGCAUGUGCAAUUUUGCAGCUCCUCUGAAAAGAAUACAUACUUUCGAGUUUUAGUUACAGGUUCAUUAAAACUUGUUGGAGGCGUUUUGGAGGUUCUCCAAUCAUAAUAUUUUUUCCUCAUGAAUAAAUUGCUCAAUUAUAUUUUGAUAUUGUUUUUAGCAUUGAAUAUUAAU